CUGAAUUGAAUACGUUCUGGACAUUCGCAGACGCAAACCUCCAAAAAAACAAGAAAAAAAAUCAUCAUCAAUAAUAAAAAAUGUUUGGGUGUCUCAAUUUGCUGGCCGCUCUGCUCGUCAUCGGCGCAUUGAAAGAUUUUACAGUUGGCCUGCGUUUGGUUGAAGUACGCAUACCAAAUUACGUGAUUAAAGGAUCUGCAGCGCAAUUGGAAUGCAUGUAUGAACUCGAUGGCGAAGCCCUUUACUCGGUCAAAUGGUAUAAGGAUGGCAAUGAGUUUUAUCGCUAUGUGCCCAGAGAUAUGCCACCAGCUCAAACGUUUCUGCUGCCAGGUGUAAAUGUAGAUUUGCACAACUCUAGUGAUGCCACUGUUACGCUCCGCAACGUCAAUCUUCAGUCGGCGGGACGCUUCCGUUGCGAAGUAUCCGGUGAGGCGCCAUCAUUCCAAACGGUCACCGAGCAUGGCGACAUGGUUGUUGUGUCCCUGCCCGACCAAGGACCACCGAAAAUAACCGGCGGGCGACCACGAUAUCAGAUCGGCGAUGUGGUUCGUAUCAAUUGCACCGCAGGACGCUCUAAACCGGCCGUUAAUCUAUCCUGGUUUGUCAAUGGCGAUGCGGCCGAACCGCAGAAAUUGAGAAAAUACGAGACGAUUGUAUCGGGACGUGAGGGAUUGGAGACUUCGGUAUUGGGCUUGCAGUUUCGUGUGGAGCAGCAUCAUUUUCGGAAUGGCGACAUGAAAUUGAAGUGUGUGGCCUCGCUAUCGACAUUCUAUUGGCGCAGCAAUGAGGAAUCCGUCGAGGGAGAUCGGCCGCAGAAAGCACCGGUAUUGGAAUCCCGCGAAACUGUCUAUGCCAGCAACUCACGUGCCGACCCCGUUCAAGCCAGCAAAACGGACUCGCUACUGGUUGCCCGUGCACCUAAUGCACUGUUGUUGCUGGCAUUGGCCACUGGAGCCACCCUGGCUGGCAUUUUCCGGGGAGGCGGGUGGCCAACAGCUCGGCACAACAACAAGGGUAGGCCCAGAGUGGGUGUGGACGAUAAUGGUCAUGAUGAUAAUGAUGAUGAUGAUGAUGAUGAUGAUGAUGUUAAUGAUCAUGAAGAUGAUUAUAAAGAUAAAGAUAAAAUAGAUGUUAUUGAGAAAGAUGUUAAAAUAGAUGGUGAUGGAUCUGAUGAGUUGGUGGCGUUGGCUACAGAAAUUGAGAAUAAAUUGCUUAAAGCAUCUGUGUCCACAUCGCAAUUGGUUGUGUCCCAACAUCAGCCAAAGCUAUUAACUGCACGGUAGCUCAAUUAAGUUAACGAAAAAAAGUUCAACCACACAAUUUCCCUCAAAUAAUUUUUCGUCUUUGCUUCAGAUUGAAAAUGAACAAACUAAAAUCGAUAUACACAUACAUACAUUUGUGCAAAAAUGAAAAG